GUACAGUACUGAGCACUUGGUUCCGCUCAGGAGCAGAGCAUGACCAUAUGCGGACUUUACUCGGUACCCUUCCGCGUGGGCUCCGAGGGAAUCACUUUUCAAACAAAGAAUACACGGGGACUCGUUUUCGGGCACGAGGAAGGAUAUCUCCGCUAUUCCAGUUUCCAGCAGGACGGAAUUCUCUGAUGAGUUCAGUGAUUCUCUGAUGACUGAUGCUACUUUUCGACUAAACUGUUCAUUUUGCCACCCUUGUCAUUCCCAGCACGUGAUGAAAGUAUUUGAGAGUGUAAGAGCUUAAGAGUGCGGUAGUCCUCUGAUUCUGUCCUGAAGUGAAGCAGCUCAAAUCCUCUGAUCAACCGAAUCUUUUUCCAUUUGAAAAAUUGCACUCAUAACGACAAGCGCCAGCGAGACAUCUGAUCUCAGUUACGGUUCAUGAUUGAACCUUUGCAGAGUGUAGGGCUGAGUUUGAACGCUUCCAAUUGAUCUAAAUUUGCAGUGGACUGAAGAAUAUUUAAGCUGGGGUGUUUGAUCUUGAGGUUUUGAAGUCCCAUUGUUCUCUUUCACAGAAGGAGGUCGGAAGGAGGAUAAGUUAUUUUUUAUCGAGGACAUUCUGAGUGUAUACUGGAGGGUAUCCAAGUUUGAUUGAUUGGACAUGCGAAGAAAAGCGGAAAUAACUCUUUCAUCUUUAAAGAAGUGGUUAUGCCGAGAAGUUCAGAGAAGAGCAGAGGGGCGUUGAUUGUGGAUAUCCCUUAUGAUUUCAAGACUCAUGAUUAGUCUAGCCUCUGAGCCUAUUAGCCCCUUACUUGUAGAAAGAAUAUCCAAUCACAGUGUAAACUUUCGCAGAUUGGGGCUGUAAGCGAGUAGCUUAGACCAAAAUGUUUUAGUCUUUGGAGAAUUUUGUAGAAUUUUGUAUUGUAGCCUCUUACAAGUCUAGGAGUCAUGGAAUGCGUUCUAAGUGGGAACCAGAUCAAGACCUUGAAUCGGGCGAUCAUAUGCAUGUCAAAGAUCGGCAAUGAGCUGCUUAUAGACGCUCAAACAGAAAAGCUCACUUUUCGAACCCUGAAUUCGUCGCGGUCGUCAUUUUUGUCAAUCACAUUCAAGCCGCAAUUCAUCGAUGCUUACAAUCUUUCGGAGCCUGUGAUGCAAUGCAGCGUCUUGCUCAAGUCUGUCUGUACAGUAUUUAGAACACCGCCUGGAAACAUAGACCGCUUGGCGGUGAUCCUGCCCAACCAGGAUGCAAAUAAACUGCAGUGGACACUGGAGUGCCACAACGGUAUGAGAAAGACUUACUGGAUAUCCUGCAAUGCGGAAGACGACAUGCAAGAUGUUGUUGUCCCACGAGAGUCCCUUUCCAGUCAUUUGGUUGUGAAGCCUCGGGACCUAAACAGACUUCUUAGCAACUUUCAAUCAUCUCUGUCAGAGAUCACCUUGAUAGCAACAGAGCCUGUGUCCACCCCGAAUGGCUCGGAGGUACCGGAAGCAAAAGCUGUCGAACUGAGAAGCUAUUUCGAUACAGUUAAAGAAGGCACCGAAGAUACUUUACACACACAACUGUGGAUUGACCCUGCGGAAGAACUGAAAGAGUACUCUCACUUUGGGGAUGCCGUCGAUGUGACUUUCAGUAUGAAGGAGCUCAAGGCAUUCCUUGUUUUCUGCGAGGGGUCCGAAGCUGACAUGCAUCUGUUUUUUGAAAAGGCUGGCCAUCCUAUACUGGUUGCACCAAGAUUUGGCCUGGAUGACGCGGCUCAUGCUGACUUCGAUGCCACUCUGGUUUUAGCCACCGUUCAGGCAUCACAAAUUCGAACAGCGGACGGUUCUGCAGAAGUACAACCUGUUAAUGGCUCCCAGCAAGCUGCUGGGCGCAAUUUGACAACUUCUCAAGCGCAGAGAAUGAAUAACGGAAGAAGAGGAUCUACACCAGGAUCUGUGCCUGAUUCAGAUCACACAGUAAUCUGGUCUGAGCUUACAGGGAGUGCUGGAAGGGUAAGCCAAUUUAGAAGCAGAGCAGCAAGGACGGGUUCAGCUGAACCGGGCAACAGCUUAGAUGGUAGUGAGGAAAUUGGUUUCAGAUAUCAUCGACAACAAUCAAAUCAAGCCUCCGGAAAUUCUUCACCAGCUACAAGAGCGGUCCCCGUUGAGAACGAGAUCAGAUCAGAGAAUCAAGGAGGGAACAACCGCACAGCAGGGACGAGAGUGUAUGAGAGAAGAGGAGCAGCUCAACAAGCAAACCUCGUCGAUACAGCAAGACGUCCAUCGGAGUUCCUAGGUGGGGAUACAUCAGAACAGAGACCAAUUGCACCCCAGCAGGUUCUUCCAACCACAACGACAAGGGAACCACCGACAGGUGAAUCCCAACCAAUUACACAAGGUACCAUGGGAAAGAAUCUUCGCAACUGGGUGAGUGGAGAUCUUGACGAUGAUGACGACGAUGAUUCAAAUGAGGAAUAUUGCGUGCAAUCAACCCCACCUCACAGGAGAGGACUUCAUUAGAUUAGAGUUUUGAAUCAUCUGACAGUAGCCACUUUACACCUGUAGUGGCUGGCUAUUCACUACAUCAGACGACGCUAAUGUAGAGAGCUUGAUCAAGAAGUGAACGUAGCUCUUGAGAUGAAGUUGAAGCUUAAUACAGCAGAAUUUUCAGGAAGGUUUUUUUAGUCAUGGGUGCACCUGAAUCUUCAGUCUAAGAAGUAUUAAUAGGUGAUGGAAGUGGUAUUUACCAACGAUGCUUUACAGAUAUUUUGGUCAGGGUAAUCUGAGUGCAGAUAAUCUGUCGCAUUCUAUCACUGAUACUCCCACCGACUUCAAAGUGUGCCAGCCGAACGAAGUCCGGAUGUUGAACUCGAACAAGAGACCACUCCUUUUGCAAUCAAGACGGUUUUUUGUUACA